AUGUGAUCUUAUACAUUGACUCAAUGCUACAUGCUAUACACACAUACACACAGUUAAUGUACACUGUGGUGUAUGGGCUCUUCUAUACACAAUAUAACCAGUCAUGCUGGAUUGCAACUUCACUCUGAUGUUUCUCUAUGUGUCUUCAUUUGAGUACUAACCAUACAGCUAAACAACCCCACAUUAUAUGGUGGCAGCGAUAUAGAACCUACUAGACAAUAUUUGUGAACUUUGCAUCAUUUUGGAGAGAUUUUGGAGGCCAUCUUAUUGACACACUGUCAUUGGAUCAACAGGUGCUCCUUUCUACAGUCCCAUAUGAUGGUUUUACUGUAAGUAAAAUGUGCAUUGACAUUUGCAUUACUAUUGGAGUUUGAGUAGCUGGUAUGAACUAUGAAUGAAUCAUUUACACCCCGCAUGAAUUGGGAAGACCCCGACAGAGCCAAUGCUGUUAAGAUUUUUCAUCAGCAGUGUGACUUAUACUUCUCAGUCAAGAAUGUUGCGAUUGGUAAGCAAGUGGAUCAUGUUCUUUUGUUCACUGGUGCCACGGGUAUCAAGCUUUACAACUCGUGGGGUCUGGAAGGUGAAGAUAAGAAGAAUCCAACUGUUGUUUGGGAGAAGUUCGAGACACAACUGAGGCCAAGGGCAAAUUUCCGUGUAGCUAGGCUAUACCUUCAGAAAUAUGUGCAGAAGGAGAGGGAAAGUGCAGAUGAUUAUAUCUCGCGCCUGAAGCUGCAGGCAUAUGACUGUGAAUUUCGUGAUGACACUGAGCUCCAAGAACGCAUCAUUGAGCAGUUCAUCACAGGCACUAGAUAUCCUGAGCUCCAGAAAGAUCUUCUAGGGAAGAACAAGUCCCUCACUCUUACACAGAUGCUUGAGCUGAGUAGAACAUUUGAAGCAUCGCAGAUGCACAUGGCUCAACUAGCGCAAGUACAGACACAUAUUCAGCCUGCAUCGAUUGAUGUAGUUCGUCGGAAGACUAACACUAGUAACAAGUGUCCUAAUUGUGGUGGUAAUCAUGCUCGCAGUCCACGGGAAGCAUGUCCGGCUUAUGGCACCAAGUGUAACAGCUGUGGAAAGUUGAAUCACUGGAGGAGUGUUUGUCGGUCUCCAGCUCCAAGUACACAGUGGUCUGGGAGAUCUCCAGCUUCAAGUACCCAGAAGUGGAAGCAGAAAGCUAAAUGCGCUACGCCACAUCGUGGAGGCAAGCAGGUGCACUCCAUCCACAGCACGAACAAUAUUGAAGCAGCAGCAGCGGUCCCACUACUGAAUGACGCAGUGGAUGUCCUGUCAUUCAAUCGAAUUAUUGUGUCAGGUAUCAGUGCUGUAGAGGUGGAUGACAGGGACGACCUAACAAUAGCGUAUGUGGAAGUCAGACGGGAUGAGAGAACCAUAAUGAAACUGCGUUCGAAGGUUGACUCCGGUGCGGAGGGCAACACACUUCCUCUUCGGAUGUUUCGUGGGAUGUAUCCUGGCCAUCUCACUAAGGAUGGAGUUCCUCACCCUCAAUCAGUGCAUAAUUCAAGUGCACGGUUGUUCGCUUACAACGAAACACCAGUGAUGCACUUCGGUUCGGUUCGGCUGCCCUGUCGUUUCAACAACUCAACUUGGCUUUAUGCUACAUUCUACAUCGUUGAGUCCAGGGGUCCAGCGAUUAUCGGAUGUGACACAGGCUUGAAACUGAAGCUGCUUACUCUACACACACGCAUCAACGAGAUCAAGCAUUCAGCACAGAUAAGCUCUACUGAUGACCUAGUAAGGCAGUAUCCAGACCAGUUUGACAAAAUUGGCAACUUCCCAGGAGAAUAUCGUAUUGUUCUUGAUCCAGACGUUCAGCCUGUUGUCCAUGCUCCUAGACGGUGCCCAAUCCACCUACGAGAUGAACUGAAGCGUGAGUUUGAUGACAUGGAAGGUAAUGGCGUGAUCACUAAAGUCAUUGAGCCUUCAGCAUGGGUCAGCAGCAUCGCUGUUUCAAGGAAGUCGAAUGGCAAACUCUGUGUCUGCUUGGAUCCCAAGGAUCUCAACCGAGCUAUUCGACGUUGCCAUUAUCGCACUAUCACGACAGAUGAGGUGAUACACAAGCUAUCAGGUGCUCGACACUUCAGCAAACUCGAUGCCAAGAACGGUUAUUGGUCUAUCAAGCUCGACCAUGACAGUUCACUUCUGACUACCUUCAACAGUCCCUUUGGACGGUACAGAUAUCUCAGGAUGCCUUUCGGUCUAGCAAUGUCUCAGGAUGUAUUCCAGCAGCGAAUGGACGAAAUCCUCGAAGGUUGCCCCGGCACAAUAGGGAUCGCUGACGAUAUUGUUGUGUUCGGCAAGAGUGAAGCAGAGCACGAUCAGAAUCUGCACCACCUCAUGUCCAAAGCUGUGAAGUACGGUCUGCAGUUCAACAGUGGCAAGUGCAGCAUCAAGGUCAACCAGAUUUCCUUCUUCGGUAUGAUCUACGAUGCAGAUGGCGUCCAUCCGGAUCCUCACAAGGUCGAGGCAAUCAAGUCAAUGUCUCCACCUGAGAACAAGAGCCAGCUUCGUGAGUUCCUUGGUAUGAUAACCUACCUUAGCCCAUUCAUACCAAAUCUUUCAGCCCAGACUGCAAGCCUACGUGGUCUUUUGAAGCAGGACGCUGAAUUCCAAUGGACUCCAACGCACCAGUCUGCCUUCAAUGAUUUACGUGACAAGGUAUGUCACGAUGCAACUCGGGCGUAUUUCGAUGUUAACAAGCCUACGGUACUGCAGGUAGAUGCUUCUCUGCAGGGCUUGGGAGCGACUCUACUGCAGGAUGGAAAGGGUAUCGCGUUUGCAUCAAAGGCCCUCAGUGAUGCAGAGACGAGGUAUGCCAACAUAGAGCGAGAGCUGCUUGCAGUGGUCUUCGGCUGUGAACGAUUCCACAUCUUACUGUACGGGAAAAGUUUCAUAGUUGAGACGGACCACAAGCCCCUGGAGAUGAUCCAGCAUAAGCACCUGGCAGCGGCUCCACCUAGACUCCAGCGUAUGCUCCUUCGUCUACAGCCAUACAAGCUGACAAUUGUCUACAAGCCUGGUAAGGAUGUACCAGUAGCUGACUGCCUAUCCAGACGUCCUCUUGGCCCUCCAGAACACAUCCACCUUGACCUGCAAAUCAACUUUGUACAGUUUGCUCCAGACCGGUUGAGUCAGUUGAAGGAGGAAACAGCCAAGAAUGCAGAGUUUGCAGCACUACAGACGGUGAUUGUGAAAGGGUGGCCAGAGAAGAGACGUGAGCUACCACGGCAGCUGCAGAGAUACUGGGCCUUUCGAGAUCAACUUGCAGUUGAGGAUGGACUGAUCCUGAAUGGUGAACGAAUCCUUAUUCCACACUCCAUGAGGGAGUACAUACUGAGCAAGCUCCACGAAGGUCAUCAAGGUAUCGAGAAGACACGACUUCGGGCUAAGGCUUCUGUGUACUGGGAAUCAAUCAAUGACGAUAUCGAGGUCCUGGUGAAAGGCUGCUCAGUCUGCCAAGAGUACAAGCCCUCGCAGCCCCAUGAGACUCUUCUCCAGCACGAGAUACCCACAUGAUCCUGGCAAGUCUUAGGUACAGACUUAUUUCACUUUGAAGGGAACAAUUAUCUCAUCAUUGCAGAUUACUUCUCAAAGUUCCCUUUCAUCCGGAAAAUGCCUCAAGAGUGUACCAGUGCUGCAGUAGUCAAUGCGACCCGUCAGGUGUUCGCAGAACAAGGAGUUCCAGAAAGAAUCGUUAGCGACAACGGAAGACAUUUUGACUCCUCAACAUACAGAGACUUUGCUACACAGUGGGGAUUCAGCCAUGUUACAUCCUCUCCCCACUACCCCAGGUCAAAUGGCUUCAUUGAGCGAAUGAUUCAAACUGUCAAGAAUACGCUCAAGAAAGCUAAAGUGAGUGGUAUCGACCCCAACAUGGCUCUACUAUGUAUCCGUGCCACUCCAAUUGACAGCCGCAUACCAAGCCCAGCUGAGCUUCUUUACGGGAGGAAGAUGAAGGACAACUUACCAACUCGAAUCCGCAACAACUCCCCUGGUCGUGAUGAUGUUAACCAUCGUAUGCAGCUUCGACAGCAGAGCCAGAAGUAUCAUCACGACAAAUCAGCCCAUGACCUAGCACCACUCUCACCUGGGCAGCUUGUGAGAGUCCAAGACCAGACAUCACGUCACUGGAUAACAGCUACUGUUCGUGAGCAAUGCCAUGAGCCUAGGUCAUAUCUCGUCGAGACGCCUAAUGGAAGGGUGCUACGCAGAAACCGGCAACACCUUGCUGAUAUUGAGCCCAGGCGUAUCCAUCAUGAUGAGGAGGUAACCAAGACACCCGAUCCUCAUACACGCGAAGAGAUGACGCUUGAUCCAACGCCCGGCAUCAGAGGUUCUCCUGCCCCAAACCCUGGCCCAAACCCUGUCCCAAUCCCCAACCACCAGCAGACCACCCGCAGUGGCCGGGUAAUCAAGAAGCCAGAAAAACUGACUUAUUGAUAGGACUUCAUCUUUGGAUACUUCAAGUUUGGACAUUAUGGACUCAGUUUAUUUUUCUGUAAGGGGGAUGUAAUAUGUGAUCUUAUACAUUGACUCAAUGCUACAUGCUAUACACACAUACACACAGUUAAUGUACACUGUGGUGUAUGGGCUCUUCUAUACACAAUAUAACCAGUCAUGCUGGAUUGCAACUUCA